AUGACCACGCCUGGUACUUCAGGAACGGCGAAGCAUGACGUGAAGGUGUUUCGGUCCAGUAUUGACACGUCAUCCGUGUCUAAAACGAUCUUUAGUCAGCCCACUCUAUAUAUGGGCAUCGUAAACCUUAUUCUGAUGUAUGCCACGCAACGGUUCCCGGAGGAAUUUAUGACCCCCAAGUACAUGACCAUGUCAUACAAUGGCGUGCGUGCAAGGGCAAUGCUUACCAUCCCAUUCUGUUGUAUUGGCAGUGCGUAUUUUGCCGUUGCGAGCAUCAUCACCAAAUCAUCAUCGCCCCUUGCGGGACACCUACUUGGAUACGGCGUUAGUCUUGGUGUCGGCCUAACUAUGAUGACGUUUCGUCGUGUCUCUUGGUACUAUCCGCUGCUGGGCCUUAUGUACCUCUCGUUCGGUGGCUUUCAUCACUAUAGGCGGAUGAUGGUAUAUGGUGAUAAUGCUCCAAUUUACAAUUGGGGUGAUCUAACAGAGAUAUGGAGCGCGAGGCGGCAACGCAAAUUGGAGGGGCGGAAGAAGCAUGAAGCAAAAGAGGUUGCAGCCACGGAGGGGCGCAACUGA